AAAAUAAACAACAUAGGCGUUGUGUGGAGUUUACCAGUUUCUGCUCCAUCAGGUAGCAAAGCUAGAUUAAUUUGCGGCUUUCUGACCAAAGACAACUCUCAUCUUCGCCAGAAAAAUUGUAUUUGAUAUCCACAGAUGCCGCGACGUGUAAAUAAGAGGUUUGGGCCGGUGAUUAUGUAGGCUUUAAGUAGGUACACGUUAGAUCUGCUUGCAUUUGUUUAGCUAGAGCUUAGUUGGCUGUCUGACUGACUCGCUGGCUUUUUGCGAGGUGUAGCGUUAACGUGAGCUCUGGAUAAAUAGCAAGGCUACGUUGUCGCUUGCUAGCGUUAAUCAACGUGAGCCUAAACAGCCUAGAGUAGUGUUAAAUAUAAACGUGCAUUUGCCCAUGCAUUUAAACAUCGACAGUUGUCAGUGCGAACUGACUUUUCGUUUUUAUUGAGCAAUCAGUCAACAUAGCGGUGGUGUUUCCCGUGGCUUUGCUGUAGCCUAGUUAGCUAUUCGGUAGUUUGACGUUGACAAACUAAUUACCUAGCUGGUUGUCUAUUUAGUUUCGUUGUUAUUAAUUGAUUUUAAAGCGACCAUUUGUGUUGUCAUUGAAAUAUCCACCACAUCUUCGGAAUAACCAAGUAUGGGAAUGUGCCUUCCUUGUCUGGGUGGAGCUGCAGAGGACGUGGUGGAUACGCCAGAUCCAGAAACUAGAAGACGUCAGCUAGCAGAAGCGGCGGAGAAAAGACAGAAAGAGACCUCGAACCGAGGAGUCAAGAACCCGGAAGCACUCGAAAGAAAAAAGAGGAAACAGGAAGAGAUGGAGAAGCAGACCAUGAUGAACACGUCUCCGUCAGGAGGCGGGGGGCUCAAGUGGCAGAUGGGCUGAUCUGAAGACCUCUCUGGUGGUUUAAGGACAUUGGAGAAGCAUCGAGCAACACAAACAGUGUCGCAGUCAACUUGAGGGUGUUUUUUUUUUUUUGUCUUUUGUUUGUUUUUGGUUCAAUUUUUCAUACGCUAGUCAGAGCAGUUGCAUCUAGAGCAUCUAAAACUAGCCAAGCUGGAAGUAUGAUUACUCGCCAUAGCCUCUUGAUUGGCUGGAGUGCAGCAGUGGACACACCCCUGUCUAGAUUGCCAAGGUGUGCCAGCCAAUGGGUUGCUAGAGCAGCUGACUGCUAACAGUGAGUAGCAGGUUGCAAAAAGCUCUGCCAGCUGAAGAAACAUUGCUACACAUAACUACUGUUAAUCACAAUGCAGCUCUCUCACAUACACACACACGCACACACAGACACAAACAGACAUGCACAUGCUCAAACAAUCUCUUUGAAAGGUUGUACAAUGGUGCUUCUGUCACAUCACAUUGGUUUGAAUGCUUUUGUGCUUGUGUGAAAAUUUAUAUAGAUGUGUAUUUUUCUUGGAGUUCAUGGCUCUCUCGAGUGAUUUUAGCAUGAUUGGAAGUCACCUCUACCACAGAUAUGUAGGAAAACACUUUUAGACCAAACCUAAGAUUGUUGUAGGCUCAAUGUUGGUUGGUGUCAGACCAGUUUUGCUGAGAUGCAUUGAUUGUCUUUCAUAUUUAAUUAUUCCUUAUAGUGCAAAGUAAGUUAUUUUAUCUUGAGACUGAAAGUUAGAGUAUGUUUGUUUGUUUGCAUCAGUUUGAUGUUAUUUAAUAGAAGGCGUUGGAUGAAAUGAAAGGCUUUUGCCAUUGAGAAGUGUUUGUACACAUUGCUUAUGUAACUUUUCACCAUUUACUAAUGCAAUUCACUUUUUGAUUAGUGAAGUCAUGUUUAACAUGUUGAAAUGAAGAUGCCUCAUACUGUAUAUUUCUCUUGACUCAUGUGUGGCAGUGUGCUUUUCUGACACAAAAAUGGCAGCAUUUCGGUGAUCUGUCCACAAAUGCCUUACUGUAUUUCAGGAUUUUAAUCGGAAUGGACUUGACCUUAGUCUCAGAAUGGAUUCAGAACCUUUGACCAGGAAGUGCAGCUUGUAGCGGUAGAUGUGUCAUCUGGACACUGAAGGAGAGAAGGGGCAUCAACACUGAAGAUGCCCCCUUUCUAAUCACUAACCUUAACACUAUCUGUGCUUCUGAAACACAGCGGGAAGGAACUCAUGGAAAAGAUGGGUGUGUGAACAGUGCUGAAGAAAGCAUUGAAACUUCAAGAAAUUAAUUUCUAUUCCAACCCCGUCUGUUUGCCUUGCUUCUCCAUUUACAUCGGCGGAAUUAAAUUUCUAUUUUAACCUGGCAUGGACUCUUUGUUGCUUCUCUUGAAUUAAAAUGCAAAAGUUCAGUCAGACCUGAUGACAGGGCAUAUAGUUCAGGCCUGGCUUGGUUGUACAUCAAAUGUUUGGUAUUUGAUUGAGGAGAAAUUGAUUUUCAGGGUUGAUCUGAUUUUCAUCAUGGCAAAUUGUUAUUGCAAAAUUGUUUUACUCAAUUUUGUCUACAGUUUAUGGCAUGAUGAAUAGGAACAAUAACAGUUUUUAGUUUUGUCAUGUGUAGCCCAAGAGGUAUUACACCGAAUCUCAUAUUCCUGCUUCUUGUUCAGGGCUUUUCCUGAACAAUCUUUAUUUAGUCUCUUAUCACAUAUGGGUUAACAUUUCAAAAUUGAUUAUUCUUUAACGACUGAACAUUUCUGAUGACUUCAGGCAUAGGAAUUGUACUUGCUUUAAGACCUGUGAUAUUUUCUGAUUGGACUUUUAAGCCAGUGCCCAUCACUCAAAAUGAAUCUGUUGACACGCAAAAGGUGGCAAUGUUUAUUUGGGUGAAAAUGAACUUAAGAUAGGUCUACCUUAAGUGUGUUAUGUGUUGUCUUUAUUUCCAUCUGAGAGUGAACAUGUAAUGAUCUGAUGGAUCACAUGCUGCUAAUGUAGUCAAACAAAAUAAUGUUUUUGCUCCUCUAAAGGGUGAUGUUUUACUUGCCUUAAAGAAAUGAUUUGUCUGACUAGAGAUGCAUGUCAUUACUACUAAUGAUGCUUAAUAACACCUGUGAGUAGUACAAGUGGAAAUUAAGCCAUUAGGCAAGUUAAAUGUAACAGCUUAUCUGUAAUAAGACAACAGAAGGAAAUAUGGAAAUGAAGAGAGAGGG